AUGGGCUGCGGGGGACGAAAAAAGACCUUUGAGGUGCGGCCUGAGCAGAAAUGGGACUACAUCAGUCUCAAGGACUUCAAGUCUAACUCAGGCUUCACGGUUGCCGCUUACGUUUAUGUGUACAUUUCUAUCCUCAUUUCGAUUGCCGUUUACGGCGUUGAUAGCUUUACUGCUGUCAGUUUGUUGGUGUUUGGCCAGUGGACAUCAAGCAUUGAACCAUCCCAACUCAUCUCAUUCGACGUUUCCAAAUGGAUCUUCUCCAUUUGUAUUAUUGCCUCGUUCAUCAACCUAGCAUUCGAGCAUGUACGUGCCUGGCGGGUGAUGAGCCGCGGCAGCGUCGCUGAGUCUUAUCUGGACACUCUGGCCGUCAGGUUGGAAUCAACCCGAAUGGGCAAGGGACAGGGUUGGCGACGUUUUCUGGUAUUCGCCGAGUUGACCAAGUCUAAAAAGGGAGCGGAGUACGUUGCUCUGUUCACGUACUUCAGUUUCCAAUCUUGGAUUCGCGUCAUCUUCUGCUCUGGACCACGACAGUUCGUCAAUGCCCUGACGCUGUACGCGGUGUUCACCUCAGAGCUUAUCCCCACCGAAGGCGGCUCGGCUGAUAAGACCAUCAUGAACUUCUUCGAGAAAAUCGGAUCGCUCGCAAACGAAAACUAUCAACAAGCCGUGGUCCUUUCGGGUAUGCUGUUCACCUUGGUCAUCUGGGUGAUCUCCGCUCUGUCGCUGUUGAUGGCUGCUUUGUUCUACGUCUUCUUCCUCUGGCACUACAUCCCUAGGCAGGAUGGAGGUCUAUCCGGAUACUGUGAGCGCAAGAUUAACAAGAGGUUGAUGAAGGUUGUUUCUGCCAAGGUUAACAAGGCUAUCGCCAAGGAGGAGCAGCAGCGAAUGAAGGCCGAGAUGAAGGCGGCAAAGAGGGCUGGCGAGAAGCCGCCAUUGAGACAACAGGCUACCCUUCCCACACUCCCCAAUGUGGGACUCAAGAAGGACGAUUCCCUUCCCGAAAUGCCCAUGCUGAGUCGUACCGAGACGAUGGCAACUCUUCCUCAAUACACCUCUCGCCCAGGAACACCCAACGGCUUCGAGAUGACAUCUAUGGAUCAGAAGCGCCCUCUGCCCUCCCGAACGAACACUUUGGCGUCACAAAGCAGUUAUUCUUCGCGUGCACCAUUGAUGGGUGGCGCAGCAUCAAUGGGUCGAUCCACGUCGCCGGUGCCAACUUUGCCACAGGUGGAUUUGAACAACUACCCUCCUGUCCGUCCCGGAACCGCUCAAUCGAACCGUACCUUUGGCGGCCCAGCACCCUCGUUGCAUCGAAUUGCAACGGGCAAUAGCUCCAACUUCGGUCUGCCUCAAACGCAGACUCCCGGGCCUUACUCGCCGGAUGGUUUGCCAGCUAUGCCGGCCCCAGCAAGGUCGCCGACUGCCGGCAGCAUGGACGGCUACGGCAACCGCCCCAUGCCUCGCCCUAUGAACCAAUUCGGCUCCCGGCCCGGUCCGCAGGGCCCGCCUGGACCACCGAACCGGCCCAUGUACGAUGAUGGGAUGGGCAGUCGUGCCAGUCCAGCACCGUCUGCAUACUCAAAUCGCGGACCGCCUAUGCAAUUUGACGAUGGCAUGGGUGGUCGCUCUAGCCCGGCGCCAACUGCUUUCUCGAGCCGUGGACCGCCUAUGCAAUUCGAUGAUGGUAUGGGUGGUCGCUCUAGUCCGGCACCAUCUGUAUUCUCGAAUCGUGGACCGCCUACGCAACCCAUGUUUGAUGACGGCAUGGGCGGUCGCUCCAGUCCAGCGCCCUCCACUUAUUCAAACCGUGGGCCACCCCGAAACGGGCCGAUGUACAACGGCCCAGCUUACUCUCCUAUGAGAAGUGCCACAAACCCAGUGGCCUCGCCGAACAUGCCACAAUUCCCACCACAAAGGAAUAUGACGGCUCCUCCCAUGCCAUCAAGGCAGGACGACUUCAUCUCCCGCCCAGGAACCGCCUCUAGUCAGCGAACUAUGCCUAUGCCGCGAACUGGCCCUGGCUACGGAUACAACAACGAUGUGGAAUCUCAGAGAGGGCCGCCAAGAUGGUGA